AUGCCGCUUGACGACUCCUAUCUUGCGACGCUAGCGAGCUGCGAUGGAUACGGCAGCGGUCCAACUUCUCUUCUAGGAACGUCGUCGUCGUCGAGGGCCGCUUUGCGUCCGCUACAGGCGAACGCCGAGGAAAAAGUCGCCGACAACAAUGCAACGAUGGUCACCAGCAGAGGCUCGCCUGUGUCGGAGCUUGAAACCUGGUCCCGGCUGCGCGCAAGACGUUCAACAUUUCUUCGCAUCUACGCUGCUCUCUACGAUGUCUCCGCUCUGAGCCGGAAGCUGUCUCCUUCGCUGGGCCGCGCUGCUGCUGGAUGGCGUGCUCGCGCGAUGAGGCCAGGCAAGCACCUGCUCGAUGCACGUCGAGCUCAAGAUGGGUGGUCCUAG